CAACCUGUAGCUGCUGCCCAGGGGGUGAAAGAGGAAACAGCACCCAGCGCUGAAGCCAGCCAGCAGUUAGCGAGAGAGUUCCCUGGGCAGGAGCCAUGGCCUGGCUGCCUUCCUGCUGGCUGUGGGUUCUGGUGACUCUGGUGGGGCUCUCUGCUACCCUGGCCUCUCAGGACUGCCCGAAGAAGCACUACUGGGCUCAGGGAAAAUGGUGCUGCCAGAUGUGUGAGCCAGGAAUGUUCCUCAAGAAGCACUGUGACGGGGAUAGACAGCCUGCUCAGUGUCAACCGUGUGUACUGGGGAUCUCCUACUCACCAGACCACAACUCCCGGUCCCACUGUGAAAACUGUCGGCACUGUAACUCUGGUCAUGUCAUUCGAAACUGCACCCUCACCUCCAACACUGUGUGUGCCUGCCCCAAGGGCCAGGAGUGCAGGGACAAGGAGUGCACCGACUGUGACCCCGCUCCGGGACCCUCGCUGACCCCUCAUCUAUCACGGGCCCCAGACCCACAGCCACAACCCACCCACUUACCUUAUGCCAAAAAAGUGCUGGAGGCCAGGACAGCCAGGCACGCACAGACUUUGGCUGACUUCAGUCCACCUGCCCCAGCUCUCUCUACUCAUUGGCCACUCACAGCCCAGAGGUCCCAGUGCAGCUCAGAAUGCAUCCGCGUCUUUGUGAUCCUGUCUGGAAUGUUCCUUGUUUUCACCACAGUCGGAGCCCUGUUCCUCCAUCAACAAAGAAAAUAUGGACUAAACAAAGGAGAAAAUCCGGUGGUGCCUGCUGAGCCCUGUCCUUACAGCUGUCCCAGGGAGGAGGAAGGUGAAGCCAUCCCCAUCCAGGAGGAUUACCGAAAACCUGAGCCUGCCUCCUACCUCUGAGCCAGCAGUCCCCAGAGAGGGGUCACCACUGCAAUAAAGGCCUAGCUUCCAGCACAGCGCACUGACCAUCCAGAAGCAGUGAGACCUGGCACUCCCUAUCUCAGUAGCAUGCUCUCAUCAGGACCCUUUCCUGUGUGCAGCCUUGAGAAAGCACCUUUGAGACUGGCAGUGAUGAGGACCCAUGGGAGGGCCAGGGUGGGAGGCAGGAUGUAUCCUGGCCCAGCCAGCUUCACCUCGGUGCUGGAGGGGGCCCAGCAUUCCAGUUGUAAUACACACGUUAAGCCUAUGAAAGGCCCGCAUGCUGUAUUUAGAACUUCUGCAAAAUAAAGUGACAGCCUGAUA